AAAGUAAGAGUUUAUUGUUAACCAAAGAAACAAGAAAAAAGAAACAAGAAAGGGAAUUAAGAAAUUUAAAGAAAGUUCCCACCUAUUCUAUUCCUCUCUAUUCCUCUCUUUCAAACUUCCCAUAAAGACAUUUAUAUAGUUGUCUUACCCAUUCCCUAUUCCUCAUUCUCUCUCUCUAAACAAUCAAAGAGAUGAGUGAUAAUGGAAUUGUAGAGAAAGCUCUUAGCUGCCUGGGUAAAGGGUUUGAUAUAACAUCUGAUUUUAGACAAAAAUACCACAAGGGAAAAGAUAGAUUAGUUUUGCUAAGUGAAACAGAAACAAGAGAGCUUGUGGUACCGGGUUUCGGAACCUACAAGGAUGUCUCUGUCGACAUAAAAUGCGACAAAGGUGAUCGAACUCGAUUCCAAUCCGACAUCCUCGACUUCAACCAGAUGUCGGAACUUUUCAACCAAAAAUCCUCGGUGUCAGGGAAAAUUCCUUCCGGUCAAUUCAACUCUAUGUUUGGUUUCCAGAGCGGAUCAUGGGCAUUUGAUGCACAAAAAACCAAAUACUUAGCGUUUGAUGGUUACUUCAUAGUACUCUUCAUUGUUCAUAUUGACCGGUACCCUCUUGUACUCUCCGAUGAGGUCCGAAAUGCAGUUCCCUCCACUUGGGAUCCAUGUGCUCUUGCAAGAUUUAUAGAGAAAUAUGGGACCCACAUAGUAGUGGGGCUGGGCGUUGGAGGGCAGGAUGUGGUGCUGCUAAGGCAAGACAGGUCAUCAGAUUUUGAUCCAACACUGCUUAAAAACCACUUGGAUGAUCUUUGUGAUCAAUUGUUCACUGGCACUUGUACCUUCUCUCCUCACCAUUGCAAGGCCAAAGAACACAAAAACAAGGCACCGCAGGCUUUCAACGUGUUUGAUCCGCAACCUAUUGGGUUCAACAGCUACUCAGCUAUCUCCUCUAAAGAUGGUAUAAGUGUAAUAUGCUCAAAAAGGGGAGGAGAUACAACAAUGAGUAGCCAUUGUGAGUGGCUGCCAACAGUGCCAUCAAUGCCAGAUGCAGUUCACUACAGCUUCAUUCCCAUCACCUCUCUCCUCAAAGGUGUCCCUGGCAGAGGCUUCUUAUCCCAUGCGAUCAACCUCUACAUGAGAUACAAGCCUCCAAUAUCAGAUUUACAGUACUUUCUAGACUUCCAAGGGCACAAGCUUUGGGCUCCAGUCCACAAUGAUCUUCCACUAGGCCCAAACACUAGCAAGUCCAUUCCUACCCUUUCCCUUCAAUUCAAACUCAUGGGUCCUAAACUUUUAGUCAACACUUCACAGGUCACAGCUGGAAAGAGACCUGUUACAGGGAUGAGGUUGUAUCUUGAGGGCAUGAAAUGCAAUAGGUUAGCCAUACACCUCCAACAUCUAUUAAACACACCAAUUCUCCUCCAAAACAAGAUCGCCGAUUCACCAACAUGGCGCGGAUCAGAAGAACUCUCCGACGUCCGCUACUUCGAGCCCAUCCAAUGGAAAAAAUUCUCUCACGUAUGCACAGCUCCAGUCAAGUACGACCCCAACUGGACCACAACCCGUGACGACUCCGCCUUCAUCGUCACUGGGGUCCAACUCCACGUUAAAAAGCACGACUCUAAAAGCGUGUUGCACCUACGUCUCUUAUUCUCUAAGGUCUCAAAUUUUUACGUGGCGCAAUCUAAUUGGGUCCGGAGCUCGUCAGAGAAUUCUCAAAAAUCAGGUUUUUUUUCUGCGAUUAGUACUUCGAUUACGGGUAAUGGAGAGAAGGAGAAAACACCAGUGGUGGUUGUGGAUUCUAGUGUUUACCCGACGGGUCCGCCUGUGCCGGUGCAGACUCAGAAGCUAUUGAAGUUUGUGGAUAUAUCACAGUUGUGUAGAGGACCGUUGGAUAGUCCUGGGCAUUGGUUGGUGACUGGGGCGAGGUUGGUUUUGGAAAAAGGGAAGAUUUGCCUGAAUGUUAAGUUCUCUUUGCUCAACAUGUGUUCAUAGCUACUGAGGAAGGUAACAAAAAUGUUAAAUGCAUAGAAAUAGAACACAGGAA